AAUAAAUAAGAAUAUACUUCCUUGGCAAGGGGACUCAAAGAGAAGAGCCAUGUGAACCACCCUAGAGGGAGUACAGGUGUCCGUCGGGAAGAAUAGCACGCAGACUUCACAGAUUUUGCAUUUGCUUUUGGUCCGUUGCCGGUAAAGAAACGUACACAUGAGGAACUCCCAGACCUCACUUCCAACGAGAUGGUCGGGAAGUGGAUACCUGUUUUCUCCUGGGCUUCAAUGAAAGGCUGUAAGCUUUGAUUGCUGUAAGGAGGAGAAAUUGAGUCUACGGAUGAUGGUGGAAUGCGUCGGAUCGAUUAUGGUGCAAACUUUGAUGGUUCUUGCGAGCUGCAGUGAUUGCUUGUCACAUCAACUGCUAUGACGCGGAUUGAACCAUGAAUUUGUGUACCUCUUUUUCUGUGGGUGAUGGUUGUGCCAACCAGCCAAGGCCUUGAGGUGCAAUGAGUUCUGGGUUAAUGAGAACGGAGAAAUAUUGAUCGCUGCUAAUUAUGAUUACUCGAAGGAACUUGGCCGAGCAGCUGAGAGAUUAUCAGCUCCGAUCCGAGCGCGACUGGUCGUCUCUUUCCUUCUGGUCCUCCACGAACAGGCCUGAUGGAAGCACAAGGGGUCAAUGGCGUAUUUUUAUCUGCAUUUUAUUCCUCACCGCCGCUGGUAUUCUUUACUUCUUCAGAGACAUCAGACUAUCUCUUACUCUCCUGGCAAUUGCCAUUAUUCUUCAAACCUGCUUCAGAGCGGUACGUAGCAGGUUAGCUAGAAGAAGACAGCGAAGAGUUCUACCUUAAGAUAAGGGAAUUUUACUUGGUCUUUUGAAGACCCUCAUCAUUCUUUAAUCCAUCGCUAAUGUUUGUAUCAUGAAUUUUGCCAUCCCAGUAUCGGCAUACAAGAAAUGUAGGCCAGCAAAAGAUUUGCGUGGAUUCCGGCCAGAAGGUUUCAAGUUUGUCAAAUUGCUGUCCUAGUUGGAAUAUGUGUCUGUGCAAGUGAGCUCACUUACCGCUUAGGUCACUCUCUUGUUAAAUGAUCACCACCUUCCGCUAUCUGUAGGAUGUUCAGAACAGAAUACUAGCAGAAACUUAAUUUAUACAUCGCUUAGUUACAUUUACUUGGAUAUUCUCAUGCUCUCCUGUCACUAUGUACAUGUCUUGAUUCAAAUUGGAGCUUAUCAGAAUAACCUAAGUUGAAGUGAAGUUUCAGGUAGCCCGGGCAGAUGGCAGAUAUGUCAACAACGGUCUAUAGAUGAUGUAAUCCUCUGAUUUUAGAUCACUUCGCACGCUUG